UAUAUAUAUAUAUAUAUAUAUAUAUAUAUAUAUAUAUAUAUAUAUAUAUAUGUACAUAUAAAUCAUGUAUGGCAGCAUUUUCUGUGUUUAAAAAGUCCUUUUUCAUGCUGAUGUAUAAAAUAAAUUAUUCAAAUAUUAAUUUAUCGCAUAAUAUGUAAUCUCGCCAAGUUCACGAUAAUGCAAACCACAAGAUAAAUCUAAAUUGACAUUGACAUUUGACGUUUAAUCGAUUAAAAUUAAUAUUUAUUCCUCGAAAAAUAAUUGGAUUGUAGUAAUGUAACAGAUUACAAUUAAAACUAACAUGUCGAGUCUUGAGGACGCUUUAAGAAAAUUUCCACCUAGUGUUCCUUCGCGAUGUUCUCCAAAAUUACCAUGUAUUGAUUAUGCAUGUCCAAAAUAUUUAUCUGGCGUAUCACCGCGUCCCUAUGGAUCUGCAGUACAAUUCCAGCUUACAUAUACUUGUGACAGGUAUGUUACUCGAAACGAUUCUUACAUUAAACGUAUAGAUCAAUAGUUGAAUUAAAUCUUCAACAUUUCUGCUUUAUACAUUUAGAUAGUAUUUAAAGUAGACUAAGAUCACGCAAGUAACAGUUUGAGAAAGAUUAAAAAAGAUUUAUAAAGAUUUUGAUAUUUAUUCACUUUUUAUAGAAUCUCUUAUUUGCCCUGUUACUUUCCUGCUAUUCCGCGCUGUCGUCCUCCAGAAAAAUUGUCAAGAAAAGCAACUUGUUGUUGUUUUAAGUGGUUUGACUGUACUGGAAAGCCAGUAUUAGAAUGUCAACAAAAUUAUACGUAGCUUCAGCAAUUAACAACUGCUUCAGGUGAGAAUUUGCUUUGAAAAAUGAAAAGUGCAAUACUUUACAAAAUAUUUUACCAUAAUGACUAAUUUUUAAGAGGGUGUAAAAGUAAUCUUAAUCUACGUAAUUUUGAACUGUUAUGAUACACAGAGUAUAUUACGAAAAAAAUACAUCGAUUUUCAUAAACAAAAGAUUGUUAAUCGAUUAGACAGAAAUAUAUUUUAAAAUUUUUAUGAAAAGUAACGUUUAAAUUUUUCAAGUUAAAAAGAAGAAUGUCUUGUUACACUAGUCACAAAAAGAAACGAAUAAGUACAUUGCCCCCACCGUGUUUUCACUGCAAACCGGCACCGUUUUAUUGUCCGAGCAAUGGCUGUGUACCUCCUGAACCAAGACUACCAAGACGUUGUCGUUACCCACCUUUAUGUCCACCAUUGAUAUGUAAACCAAGACCAAAACCCUCGCCACUACCACCUACUAUAUGCAUCGCUGGACCCUGCUCACAACCAUCAGCUUCAAAAUCAUAUUGCCGCCCGUCAGCGCCAAAAAUAUUGCUACCAUCUUCUUGCGUUCGAUUUUGCAUUCGAUACUCGAAUGAAGGUUCAAGUUGCUACCCUGGCUACUGGACCAAUUUACCAAAAUGUCCUAGUAACAUCUGUUAAGAUUAUUUAACAGCACAUUUGAUAUUACAGAAGCCAGAGAAUCAAUGCUUUCAAUUUAAUUAUUUAUGAGAAUAAAGGAAACUUGUGUAAAAUUGAUAUUGUCGCUUCUAUUAAUUACACUAAUCGACAAAAAAAUUUUAUUACACUAAACUUUAUUUCAAUAUACUAAUUGACAAAAUAAUUUUGUCUAGUAACUUUUUAAUCAGAAUAGGUAUUCUUUUUUUAUAAUUUUUAAUACGCUAAAUCCGAAUUCGUAA